AUAUACCAAAGUUCCUGACCAACCACACCAUCUUCUACUCGUGGGAGGGGAACCCGGUGAACAUCAGCUGUGACGUCAUGUCCAACCCUCCGGCCACCAUGCUGUGGAGGAGAGAGCGCUUCACCAUCUCUGCAGAGGGGACGGCCAACACCCGGGUACACAGCGCAGAGGGCAAGUCUGUGCUGGAGGUCACUCCGAUGUCCGACAGGGACUUUGGCCGCUACAACUGCACAGCCAGGAACAACAUCGGAGUGCGAUACCAGGAGUUUAUCCUGGCACAAGCAGAUGUGCCGUCCAAUCCGUACUCAGUGCGUCUCUCAGCUGUCUCCCAGCGCUUAGCGACCGUGACCUUCAUGAAGCCCGACUCGCACGGCGGCGUGCCCAUCAGCUACUACCUGGUCCAGUACAAGGAGGUGGGCUCUCAGGACUGGAGGGCCGUCAAGUCACACAGUGUGCAGACGACCGUGGUGCUGACAGGACUCGAGCCCAACACGACGUACGAGGUCCGGGUGGCAGCUGUCAACGGGAAGGGUCAGGGCGAGUUCAGCCACACGGAGUCCUUCCAGACUUUACCCAUCCGGGAGCCAAGUCCGCCGGCGGUCCACGGGCAGAGGGGGAUGGGGAAGGCGUAUAGACUGGGGUUGGUCAAGCAGGACGACGGAGGGAUGCCCAUCGUGGAGUACAUCGUCAAGUACAAGACUGAUAAAGAGGAGCAGUGGAUGACCAAGUUGGUACCAGGAGCCAAUGACUUCGCCAUGCUGCAGCCGCUGCAGUGGAACACGAGAUACGAAGUGGAAAUCACGGCGCGCAACGUCAAAGGCUUGUCGGAGCCGACCUUCUAUCAGUUCUUCAUGCCGCAGAAACCCGACAUUACAG